AUGUGGAGCUGCCCGGGGCCCAUCCCGCUGUUCCUGGUGCUGGCCGUCGUCCCCGCUCGCGCGGCGCUGAAGGUCACCCCAGCCGUGCUCUACACCAAGCCCAAACCUUCCCAGCCUGUCCUGGGGAAAAUCCCAUUCCCGGCAGCACCCGGCAGAGCCGAGUUCCCCACGCUCUUCCCCUUGGAGAAUUCCACGCUGGACUCGGCCGAGUUCUUCUUCAACUGCUGCGACUGCUGCCCGCCCACGGCGGGGCCUCGGGGCUGGCCGGGGCCACAGGGACCCCCAGGUCCCAGGGGGGAGAAGGGAGAUGCUGGGCUGCCAGGGCUGCCGGGAACUCCUGGCUCUCAAGGUCCAAAGGGCUCUAAAGGAGAAAGAGGGGAGCAAGGGGAGCGAGGAGCAAGUGGAAACCCCGGUUAUCCAGGGAAACCUGGGCUGCAAGGUGAAGCUGGAGCCAAAGGCAAUAAGGGCAACCACGGCUUCCCUGGACUGAAGGGACAAAAGGGCGCCAAAGGGGACACCUGUGACAACGGCACCAAAGGCGACAAAGGGGACAAGGGGGAUCCUGGAGAGCCGGGAGCGGGCGGAGAACAGGGGGACAAGGGAGAAAAGGGGGACACCGGGGAAAAGGGAUACUGUGGGGAGCCGGGGGGGAGAGGGGCCAAGGGGGACAGAGGGGAAGGCGGCACCAAGGGGGAAAAGGGCAGCAAAGGGGACACGGGCGCCGAGGGCACGCAGGGGGCGGCUGGAAAACAGGGAGAGAAGGGCGAGCAGGGCUGCAAGGGUGACAAAGGGGACCUGGGCCCCGCGGGCCUGGCAGGCCCCAGCGGCCCCAAGGGCGACCCCGGCACCAAGGGCGGCCGCGGAGCCCCGGGCAGGAAAGGCUCCCGCGGGGCCAAGGGCGCCCGUGGGGACGUCCCCAAGUCCCCGCGCUCGGCCUUCAGCGCGGGGCUGUCCAGGCCCUUCCCUCCUCCCAACGUGCCCAUCAGGUUUGACCGCGUGUGGUACGACGAGCGCCAUGACUACGACCCCGCCACGGGCAAGUUCAACUGCAGCGUGCCCGGCGCCUACGUCUUCUCCUACCACGUCACCGUGCGCGGCCGGCCCGCACGCCUCAGCCUUGUGGCCAGCAGCAGGAGGGUGGCCAAGGCCAGGGACACCCUGUACGGCCAGGACAUCGACCAGGCCUCCUUCCUGACCAUCCUCAAGCUGAGGGUUGGUGACCAAGUGUGGCUGGAGGUUGGGAAGGACUGGAACGGGCUCUACGCCGGCGCGGAGGACGACAGCGUCUUCACGGGGUUCCUGCUGUACCCAGAUGGUUUCGAGGUCAUUCUCUGA